AUGCAAGGCCCGCAGCCCGCGCAGCCCAUCACGAACGAGCGCACGUUCCUGCUAAUGCGCAAGGUGGAGGUCGACGAUGACGCCGAGGCGGCGUACGAGCUCGGCAUGGGCCACCACUUCGAGACGAACGACGCGCGACGACAGCAGUACCUCGCGCGCGCGGUGCACCUGGGCCACAAGCACGCGCAGGCCACCUGCGGCUCCAUCGCGUACGCGCACGCGAUGACGCUCGCGGAGGGCGACCCGAAGCGUCGCGAGACGUUCGAGAUCGCGGUGAAGCACUUCGCGCAGGCGGCGAGGGACAUGGACCACGACGACGCGACGCACGACCUCGGCGUGUGCCACCUCCACGGAAGAGGCGUCGAGAAGGACGAGGAAAAGGCGGAGGAGUUUUUCCGCCAAGCCGCGCUGAGGGGGCACGCGAACGCGCAGUACUGCGUCGCGAUGCUCGUCGUCGGCAGGGACGCGCAGGAGGCGGCGCGCUGGUGCGCGAACGCCGCCGCGCAGAACCACGAGGGCGCGAAGGACUUUCUCGAGAAGAUGGAGAAGCAAUACGAGAAGGAGUCGAUCCGAGACUGCAUGGCCGGCUUCGAGAGCGGACGGAUGAGCAUGAACCAGAACAUGCACAUCGGGGGGUGA